AUGGCGCCUGUUGAAAUUGAGCGCUCCUACAGCGAGGCCUAUGACCUCCUGAAGGGCUGCAAGGACCCCGAUGUGCUCAACACGGCCCACCCCAAGCUGUCCCAGGAGGCGCAGGCCACCGCGCCGGGCGCGAGGCGCAUCCCCUUUAGCGACAUCUAUGCGACUGGCAAGGGGCGCUCCUUCCGUGCGGGCGGGCUCCUCAACAUGCCCACCAAGGAGAUCCCCACCCACGGCGCCAAGAUGAAGAACAUGGUCACCUGCGGCAUGCGCUGCACGGCCAUCGGCUCCAUGCACGUCAUUCUGGCGCUGUACGGCUACAGCACCUUCACCUGGGGUUGGGCGGCCGUGGGCUGGUCCAUCUUUGCCUUCUGCGGCAUUGUGGGCAUCACUUUGGGCUACCACCGCAUGCUCACCCACAAGUCCUUCAAGACAUACAAGUGCCUGGAGUACCUGAUCGCGUUCGUCGGCACCCAGGCCGGCCAGGGCGACCCCAUUGAGUGGGUGUCCACCCACCGCUACCACCACCUGCACACCGACACCCCCCUGGACCCCCACUCCCCCUACGAGGGCUUCUGGUGGAGCCACCUGCUGUGGCUGACCGGCACUGAGCACUCCCUGCUGGACUACGCCAACGUGCCCGACCUCAAGAACCAGCUGUUCUACAAGGUGAUGGAGUUCACCUUCUUCCCGCUGCUGUUCAUUGUGAAGCCCGUCCUGAUGUACCAGAUGGGCGGGAUGCAGGCUGUGUGCUGGACCUGCGCGUUCCCCCUGGUCUGGGGCUACCACACCACGUUCCUGGUCAACAGCGCGUCGCACAUCUGGGGCACCCGCCCCUUCGAGACCGGGGACCUGUCCACCAACUGCUGGUGGGUGGCGCUCCUUGCGUUUGGCGAGGGCUGGCACAACGCCCACCAUGCCUUCCCCUACUCUGCGCGCCACGGCCUGGAGUGGUACGAGUUUGAUGCCACGUGGAUCCUCAUCUGCGCCAUGAAGGCGCUCGGCCUGGUGUGGGACGUGCAGCUGCCCUCUGAGAAGGCCAAGGCGCUCAAGCGCCGGAAGGAGCAGCCGCCCGCCGCCGUGGUGACGGCCGUUGUCACCAUGGAGAAGCAGGCCGCCCGCAAGCGCAAGGCCUAG